AUGACACAAAAUAGUUUCCUUGGGUUACAGAUACCUCUAGAUAAAAUAGAUCAAUUACAUCAAGAUGCAGAUAAAGUAGAGGGAUUUAUUGAUCAACAAGACGGGAAUGAAGAAAAUCAACAAGACAAUUCUUCUACUACUACAAAUAUAUCAUCACCAACAACAACAACAACAAAAAAGGAAGAAAAAAAGAAAAAGAAGAAAAAGAAUAAAAACAAGAUUAGAAAGAAAGCACCUUAUGUUGAACCUGGGGAUAUAGUAAAAGGUGUAAAUGAUGAACAUACAGUCAUAUACGACUAUGGAAAUGUUAUCAAUGUAAAAAAUGUUGAUACAAACAAAGAAUGGAAUGAAGCAAUAUUGGGAAAGUAUCUAAAGGAUGCUGGGUUUGUAAAAGGUUUAUACAACUCUGCAAGUAUCAAAUCUUGGAUGACACCAAUCUACAUUCAAUUUGCCAACAAGUUGUUGUCUCAUUUACCUCGAAAGGAUGGUAAAAGUCCAGCUGUUCCAAUAACUGGUCAUGGUCAAACUGACUUUAACGCUGCCUUUAACACCAUUUCAUCUGAAACGUUUGGAAACAUACUGCCAAAUAUGCCUUCAUCCUACAAGAUGAUGACAUCGUUACUAGUCGUCGCAGCAUAUGUAUUGGGGUUCUCUGGAUUUGGUCGUGGGGGAUAUCUUCCCAAUAUAGUCAAACACACUCUUGUCGAGAAUAAUGCAGUCAUUCCAAGAGACUUUCCUGACCUUGCUCGCAAAGUUCAAUACCAUUUCAAUGUAUACUAUGGUCUAUCAGGUCAACAAGUACAGGUCGUAUGGGAUAAAACAAAGUUGACAAAAUACCUUGAAAACAAUGUCAUUAGAAAAUACACAACCACCAAGUAUCCAGCCACCGAGCUAAAUAUCACGUAUAUCAUUACACUGUGUAAAUCGGUUAUGUCUCAAAUCUAUAAAUUAGAGAACAAGAGUAUUCCAAAAGAUAUAUUGGAUGUAGAUAUAGAAAAGGUUGAAUUGGUAAUUGACAUGAUGGGAAGUAUGGCAAAACCAUAUUGGAAUGAACAAGAUAUUUUCUGGUAUAAAAUGAGAAUGAUUAUAUUACAAAUUACACUCAUCGCAUUCCAAACUGGUAUCCCCAAUUAUGUGCACAUUCCACUGAUUGACAGUUGUCUUAAACAAGAGAUAAUCGAUCAUUUAGAAAACCCUAUUUAUGAAUUUAAAAAAGAUCUCAAAAACAUUGUCACUCUUACUGGAAAUGGUCAAACAGACUUUGACGCAGUCUAUUCUUAUAUGAGAUCUGGAGUAUAUGAAAAAGAGGGGAAAAUCAUUCUACCCUCUUACACUUUAAUGGCAACAUUGCUUGUUGCUGCAGCAUACGUCGUUGGAUUUAAUGGAUUUGGUAGAGGGACAAUACCCAACAUUGUCAAAAAUGGACUUGUCGAGAAUAAUGCAGUAAUUCCACUCAAUGUAUCAGAGCUAUUCAAAAAGAUCAAUUUCAAAUCGAUUGUAUGGGACAAGGAAAAGAUGGCAUACUACCUACCAAACAAUGGUGUCAGAAAAUACAAUCCAACAAAAUACGAAGCAACCCAAAAUAAUAUUAUUCGUAUGGUCUCACUAUGUCAAGCAGUUUUUGCUCAAAUGCUGGCAUUCUAUAUUAGUCCAAACAUACAAGAAAAAGGAUUACAUUUGGUACUGGAAAUGAUGCAACUAACACAAUCAAAAAUUGAAAAGAGGACUGCUGAAAUGCAACUCGACAAGCUUGGUCGUCUGACAUUACCAUUAUUAAAACUACCAGAACCAUCUUGGAUUUUUACUAUUUGA